CACCUUUAACAUUGUUUUCCACUUUCCGCGCCUUCCACACUGCACACAUCGACAGAUCAAAACGACUUCAACUGUCUUUUUAAAUCACAAAAACAAAAUCGAACAGUGUUAUUGUAAUCGUCGUCAUAAACAGCUUAUUCGAGAAAUUUUGAUGCAUACCACGGAAAUUAGUGUUGUUCUCUGACUUUUUUUUUAUCCGUUACAGUCAGUUUGGUUUGAAAAGAUGUAUCCAGACAUUAUAAAGGCCGUGCGAAGUGGCGACUUUCCGUUGACAAAAAAAUUAAUAAACAGUAAAUCAAAAUUAACUCUGAAAAAUUUGGAACAAGAAACGAUUGUUUGGACAGCGACGUCUUUGGAAUUCUCAGAGAUAUUAAAAUUCCUCCUAAUAAAUGGAUUUCCAGUGAACAGCUCGACGGGAAGACCGAAGAAAUCGAUUCUUUCUUUGGCGAUCGAAAAAGGGAAUGUUGAAAUUUUGAAAAUUAUCCUAAAAUACAAACCCGAUUUAAAUGAUCAAAAUUCUAAUGGUCUAAGACCAUUGCACCAAGCGUGUCUUUCGAAUAAUUUACAAAUAAUUUCAACGCUUAUUAAUGUGAAAAAUUGCAACUUAAAUGUAGAGACAAAGGAUGAGCAAACUCCUCUCUCACUUGCAGUGAAAAAUAAUCUUUCAUCAGUAGUUUCGCUUUUAUUAACAAAAGGCGCUAAAUAUCAACUAGCUGACGAUGACGGGAAAACUAUUUUGAAUUCAGCUUUAGAAACCUCGGAAACCGAUUCGGAAACUUUGAGAAUAAUUUUAGAUUUCUUUAGAAAUAGUUCAAAGUUCAAAAAAUUGAUUUUUCCGAAAAAUGAAAUUUUUCUGAAAUAUCAGAAGAUGAUGAAAAGUGGGAAUAAGUCGAUUUUGCAUUGCGCCGUGGAGAAGGAGGAUGAAGUAAUGAUUCGUAUUUUGUUAAAUUUUCGUAUAAGUUUGGAGAGUUUGGACGAAAAAGGAAAUACGGCGCUGGAAUUAGCGGUGAUGAAUGGUUCGCAUUUUGUUGUGAAUAUUUUUUUGGAAAUCUUCAAAGACCCGACGGUGUUAUUCGUCUCGAGGGGUGAAAAUGGUUCAACUCCGCUACACAUUGCUGUUAAGGAGAACAAAAUCGAUUUUGUGGAAUUGUUCCUCAAAGCUGGUGUGUCGCCGAAUUUGACUUCAAACUCCGGGUUGACUCCACUUCACAUUGCGGUGGAGCAGAAGAAUAAAUGCGUGAUAACGACUCUUUUGAAGAAUGGCGCGAAUGUCGAUGCGGCCGGAUCGUUUGACAUCGAAACUCCACUAUUGUCAGCGGCGAUUGCGGGAAAUUCGGAAAUUGUGGAAAUUCUUUCCGAAGAAACGGAGCAAAGAUCGACGGAAUGGAAAGAAGGUUUGUUGGUGAUGUACCUCGGGGCCUACUAUGGGCAUAAAAAUAUCGUGGAACUUAUGUUAAAAAAAAAGGUCGAUCCAAAUGGAACAUGCAAUAAUUCCUUAGCGCCUAUGCACGCCGCUUGUCAGCAGGGACAUAAGAAUAUUGUUAUUUUGCUUCUGGAGAAUGGAGCAAAAGUCAACUGUAAAAAUACAUUCUCGACUCCUCUCUUAGCAGCCUCUUACAGUGGUAAUAGUCCAAUUAUUCAGCUCCUCGUUCAGAACGGCGCGGACGUGAAUGCGCACAUCAAGAAAGUGACUCCGAAACAAAUGUCAAAUUACGCGAAGAUUCUAAAUUUCGGCAGUUAUCAAAUGAGUGAAAUCGGUAUCAAAGGGACGCUCGGCGGCUACACUGCUCUGCAUUUCGCCACUAAACGCAAGGACCUCGCGAUUGUGAAACUUUUGAUUCGAAAGGGAGCGAAUGUAAAUUUUGAGGAAUCUUUCUCGAAACACACACCACUUUCCUUGGCGAUAAAAAACGAGGACGAGAAGACAAUCCGUCAAUUAUUAAUCGCCGGAGCGAAUACCACACUAAAAAGUAAAUAUACCCGAAUCUUCAGCACCGAAUGUUUAAAGAAGAACGUGAAACUAGCCGAGUUGCUAGUUUUUCAUGCAUCCACAUCGCAAACGAAUUCACAGGCCGGUUUUCUAACCCCACUUGGCGUCGCCAUUGAAAACGACCUGGAGACCUGCGCCGAGAAAAUUUUGAAGACAAAAGUCGAUCCCAAUAUCGAACACCGAAGAAAACCCCUCCUUCACUACGCCGUCGAGAAGCAAAAUCUCAAUAUCGUCAAAUUAUUGCUUAAACACAAUGUCGACGUGAACGCAAAAACCUCCCACGAAGGUACGGCCCUGAUAAUCGCCGUUAAGUCAAACCAAACAAAAAUUGUCGAGAUUCUCAUGAAAUCUGGCGCUGAUAUCAAUAUUCCAAAAUCUAGUUAUUAUUCCCCGGGUAAUGACGAAAUACUGCCGUUACACAUUGCGAUCGUGGGGAGAAAUUCAAAAAUCGUUGAUAUUAUUCUCAAUGAAGAGAAAGUGGAAAAACUUGCAGACGCAUUUUCCCUUGCGGCAAAGAAAGGAACACGGGAAAUAGUGGAGAAAUUCCUAAAAAGAGGAUUCAGUAUCGAAUCAAAGGACAGUUCGAAUCUAACGCCUAUUUUUCAUGCCGUAAACGAGAAUAAUUUCCCAAUUGUCCAGUUUCUUCUGGAGCGACGAGCGAAACUAAACCAGAACUCCGGUACCACUUCUCCGCUACUCUAUUUCGCACUCACUGGAAAUUGUUCGAAAUUGGAAAUCAUAAGAAAAAUUCUCAUGUACGGUACGGACGCUAACAAGUGUUUUGAAAAUCGUUCUCCACUCUGGAUCAUUCUCAACAAGGACUACGACGAAAAAACAAAAAACUGGAAGGACUGUCGUGAAGAACUCCUCGAGCUCCUCCUACAGAACGAUGCGAAUCCGAAUAUUAUAAUUCAGGGAAAAACACCGCUUCAAUUGGCCGUAGAACGUAGUCUGCCGGGUUUGGUUCAAAAAUUACUCCUCUACCACGCGGACAUCAACCUGAACGAACCAUUAAAUGAUUCGAUUGUAAAAGCCAAAAAACUCUCCGAAAGCAUUGAGGCAAUUUAUCCACGAGACGCGAACACAAGCGACGAACUAUUCAACGAGUCCUACGAUGCCUACUACCUCAAGCGUCUGCAGGAUCGAUACAGAAAUCAAAAAUCUCUUCCAUUUCGCGAAAUUGUAAAGAAAAUAGUUAGGGAAAUAGUCCGCCGGCAAGCAAUAGACGAGGAGGUGAGCGAAAAAAAUUCCCUGCUUUUAACAUCGAAAUAUGUUGUUAAAUAUUAUCAGAAGUGCCUAGACGAGGUGAAAGAAAUGCGCGUUAGCGAAAUUUCGGGCAAUGUGACGUACUACGAUCUCUUGGUGGGCAGUACCAAGAAACUUGUCUCCUUCGCAAGGAAUGCGACUCAUGAAAAGUUUUACCUCGAGCCACAAGAAAAAUCGAAAUUUCCCGAGUUCUCCCCGUUCGUGAUGGAAAAACUAAAAAAUGCGAAGGUUAGGAAAAUUCUACUAGACGAGAGUGUUAAGUUUUUGAAAAAAUUGAUAAAGUACAAUUGGCCUUACUUGAUUGAACAGGAGAUAUUUAGUUACUUAACGAACAAUGAUAUGAAAAAUAUUAUGAACGCGUUUAAAAAAGAUAUGUUUGUUAAAUCAUAAAUGAGAAAAAAAACCAUUUGAUGGAAAAGUUAAGAAAUUUUUUCAAAAAAUUUGAAAAAAAUGACAAACCAAAGUAGGAAAUAAUAUUAUGUUUUGUUCGUUCUCUAUAAUAUUAGAUUAUAGUAUUUUUUUUCUACUAUCAGUAUUCU